AGCACGUUGGAGAGCGGGACGAACUCUUGGCACUGAAAUCAUCGAAAUGUGACGCUGGGAACAUGGGAUGAACGGCCCCGCAGGCAAUGAUGCCAGCAGAGUCCGAUUCUUUCCAAUUGAGGCUCCUGGGGGACUGCGGGCGAUGGAGCAAGGCCCCAGGGACGACAGCGUGGAAACACGUGCGCAAGCUGGUCUCCGUGAUUCCCGUGGCGUGUAAGUGAGGAGCUCGGUUUCCAUUUGGGGAAGGUCGCGGUUCCCUCUGCUUCCCGGUGGCGGGAUCGCCAUCAACCAGUGGACAAGCAAUUUUGACAAUGUGGUAGCCGAAGGCGAGGCACGUUGUUUGGGGACACUGCAGCAAUUCAUAUAAACUGGGCCGGCUUCUGUCGAUCCUAGCUGGGCCUCUCGCGCGUGAGCCUGCUUUUGAUCUUCAGUCGCUCGCUUUGCUCGUCAAGAUGGCCAGGAUGCUGCUCAAAGCCAACGCGGUCGCGCUGUGCCUGGCAGUUUCGCUGUCGGGUGUCUCAGCCCAGACCUUCCAGAGACUUGGUACCUGCCCGGACCUCGGCUGCGUGAUCCCUCCGGACCAGCAGGACUUCCUCCCCGGGCAGGAAUUUGACAUCCGCUUCGAGGUCCACGCUCCCAAGAACGGCUCCGAGGCCUUCAAUGACGGCGUUCCCGACGAGAAAUUCACGGCCACCAUCGCCAAGGAUGGCGGCGAGGCCAAGAGCAUCGCCGACUUCUUCGAGCACAGCGAACCCGAGCUGGAGAAAUGGACCUUCUCCUGGUUUGAGGACUUGUUCGCCAAGGACGCCAACACGCCGUCGGUUGUCAAUGUCGCCUCCAAGGCAUACCGCCGGGUGGCUCUGUAUGAGCCGGGCGACUAUACCGUGACGCUGAAGUACUACGACGGCAAGACGACGACGGCCAAGUGGACUGUCCGUCCGCUGGCCACCAAGAAGAGGGCUAAGAACGUCAUCUUCUUCAUCGGUGACGGUAUGACCACCAACAUGAUCACGGCUGCCCGCCUGCUCGCACAUCAGACCGUCAACGGCCGGUACAAGUCGCAUCUUGCCUUUGACGAUUUCCCGGUCAUCGGUCACCAGAUGACUCACUCGAUCGACUCCUUCAUCACCGACAGCGCCAACUCGGCCUCUGCGCUGUACACUGGCCACAAGAGCUCGGUGAACGCCAUGGGCGUCUACGCCGACUCGUCUGCCGACCCGCUUGACGACCCCAAGGUCGAGACCAUUGUUGAGAUGCUGCACCGCAUUUGGGGCUCCGCGUGGGGUGCUGUUUCCACCGCCUUCAUCGCCGACGCUACCCCGAUUGCUCUAAGCGGCCACUCUCGCCUGCGCUCGCAGUAUGGCGUCUUGAUCGACCAGGCGCUCAACGGCGUCAGCAACUAUUCGUGGACCAGGACCGACGGGCCCGAUGCCUACUUUGGGGGUGGCGCUGAGCAGUUCCUGCCCGGCUCCGGCUCGUUCCAGGGCAAGGACUACUACGCCGAGUUCGCCAAGAAGGGCUACUCGGUCAGCUUGAACAAGACGGCACUGCUGGCGGCCCCCAAUGACAAGAAGGCGCUGGGUAUUUUCUGCAAGAGCAACUUGCCUGUCUGGCUAGACCGCAACAUCUUCCCCGAGAACCUCGACACGCUCAAGAACGAUCCCGCAGGUGGCAGCGGCCCGGCCAAGGACCUGCCCGGUCUGAAAGAGAUGACGCUCAAGGCGAUUGACGUGCUGAACGAGCGCGGCGGCAAGAAGGGCUUCUUCCUCAUGUCCGAGGGUGCCUCCAUCGACAAGCAGAUGCACGCCCUCGACUACGACCGUGCCCUGGGCGAUCUGCUCGAGCUGGAUGACACGGUCCGCGCCACCAUCGCGAAGCUCAAGGAGCUCAACAUCCUGGAUGAGACCCUCAUCGUCGUGUCGGCCGACCACGGCCACGGCUUCGAUGUCUUUGGCAACUCGGACACCAAGUACGCCGCCGCGCAGGAGGACGACCGGUCCAAGCGCAACGCCAUCGGCGUCUACGCCAACUCGGGCCUCUCGCAGUACACCCAGCCCAAGGAUGGCGUCAGCUAUGGCACCGGGGCAAAUUUCCCACUCAACUGGGACCCGCGGUACGUUAUCGCGGCCGGGCUGGGCGCCAACCCGGACCACCGUGAGAUGUUUGGCGUGGGCAAGAAGCCGCGCACGCCGGCCGUGGUGGGCGCCGACGGCGAGGCCUACGUGAACCCCUCCGACAGGCCCAGUGGCUUCGUCGUCAACGGCACGCUGCCGACCGCCGAGACGCAGGGCGUGCACUCGCUGACUGACGUGCCCGUAUACGCCAUGGGGCCGUGCCAGGAGACCUUUGGCGGCACCUACAACAACAUCGACGUGUUCUACAAGAUUGCCUCGUGCCUGGGGCUGGGCCACGGCAAGAAUGUCACGCACGGCGACGGCAGCCAGUGCAAGAGCAAGAGGGCUCAGCUUUGAUAAUUAAACUUAGUAGAAAGCAAGAGGAGGAUUGGGGUUCUACAUGUACAUGCACACAACUGAAUAUCUUUUCAGGUUGGGUUAGGGGGUGGUGAUUUGCUUCUUAAAUCAUAAUACCAAGAUGUGUUCCAAG